UAGAAUACCAACUGCAUAAAUCGAGCAAAACCAAAUUCAACACAACAUAAACAACUACCACUUCCCUCUCGUUAACAUUGUUUUCAAUUGUAGAACACAACCUGAAUCCAAGGAUAUGGUCAUUGUAGGGUCACUCUCAAUAAUAUUAUCCCUUCUCAUUGCUUACACUCUCCCUUCUUCUAAUUUAAAUCAAACCUUCUCCUCCAAUUCUCCCCCAGAGCUCAGAAUCUGCAGCUCUAAAAUUUUCAUUCAAAAUUAACCCCUCCGACAUGAAGAACACUAACACCAACACAAAAUUCAUUCUUCUCCACCCAUAUAUCCAGAAACAAGGAAGCUCCAACCGCCUAUGGCUUCUGGCCUUCAUCUCCUUCUUCACCCUGGCCUUCCUCGCCACCCUCAUUUACACCAGAGACACAACCUCAUCCAUCACCACCACCACCUCUUCCACCCCUUUAUCUACUUUCACCAACACCCCUUUGCCUUCCUCCGUCAUCAACACCCUCCUCCACUAUGCCUCCAAAUCCAAUGACACCUACCACAUGUCCCACUCGGAUCUCAAAACCAUCUCCGACGUCCUCCGAAAGUGCUCCUCACCGUGCAACUUCCUCGUCUUUGGCCUCACCCCAGAGACCCUCCUCUGGAAAGCCCUCAACCACAACGGAAGAACGGUUUUCAUCGAUGAAAACCGGUACUACGCCGCGUACUUCGAAGAAAAGCACCCCGAAAUCGAUGCCUACGACGUGCAAUACACGACCAGAAGGAGCGAGAUGAAGGAGCUGAUAGCUUCCGCGAAAGAACAGUCGGGAAACGAGUGCAGGCCGGUGCAGAAUCUUCUGUUUUCUGAGUGCAAGUUAGGACUCAACGAUCUUCCCAACCACGUUUAUGAAGUGGAUUGGGAUGUGAUAUUGGUGGACGGACCGAGAGGUGACUGGCCCGACGCCCCCGGAAGAAUGUCGCCGAUCUUCACCGCCGGCGUACUUGCCCGGAGCAAGAAGAGUGGGAACCCGAAGACGCAUGUGUUUGUGCAUGACUUCUCAGGGAAAGUGGAAAGGGUCUGCGGGAACGAGUUUCUGUGUAAGGAAAAUUUGGUGGAGACAACGCACUCUUUGGGACACUAUAUUCUGGAAAAAAUGGAGGAGAGUAGCGUGAAGUAUUGUAAGGAUCAUAACCACUCAUCAGGGUCUUCUUCUUCGUCUUAAUUAGUUGGUGUAAUCUUCCACGUUACAAUAAACUUUGUGCAGAAGUAUAUCAUAUCAGAGUCAGCCAUGUCGAUAUUUAUGAUCGUUUUAGUUCCAUCGUUUACUUCUUCUUCGCUGGAGCUUGUAAAAGAUAAUUCUUUCUUUCU